AUGCAGUCCUCCCCAAACAUGCUCACCAAGUUUGAGUCAAAAUCAUCCCGGGCAAAAGGAAUUGCCUUUCAUCCUAAACGGCCAUGGAUCCUCGUCUCGCUUCAUUCUUCGACAAUUCAGCUAUGGGACUAUCGCAUGGGUACCCUGAUCGAUCGAUUCGAAGAACACGAUGGCCCCGUUCGCGGCAUUGACUUUCACCCGACGCAGCCCCUCUUCGUCUCCGGAGGUGACGACUAUAAGAUCAAGGUGUGGAGCUACCAGACACGGAGAUGUUUGUUCACAUUGAAUGGACAUCUGGAUUACGUGCGGACAGUAUUCUUCCACCAUGAACUUCCCUGGAUCGUGUCUGCCUCCGACGAUCAAACAAUCCGGAUAUGGAACUGGCAGAACAGGUCGUUGAUCUGCACAAUGACAGGUCACAACCACUAUGUGAUGUGCGCGCAGUUUCACCCUACUGAGGACUUGAUUGCCUCCGCCUCGCUCGAUCAGUCCGUCCGUAUCUGGGACAUUUCAGGAUUGCGGAAGAAGCACUCGGCCCCGACCUCGAUUUCCCUCGAAGACCAAAUAGCCCGUGCCAAUAACAACCAGGCUGAUAUGUUCGGAAAUACGGAUGCGAUUGUCAAGUUUGUUCUGGAGGGUCACGAUCGAGGUGUGAACUGGGUGUCCUUCCACCCAACACUGCCUCUCAUUGUUUCGGCUGGUGAUGACCGUCUCAUCAAGCUCUGGAGAAUGAGCGAAACCAAGGCAUGGGAAGUUGAUACCUGCCGCGGCCAUUUCCAAAACGCAUCGGCCUGUCUGUUCCACCCCCACCAGGACCUGAUUCUCUCCGUCGGCGAAGACAAGACGAUUCGAGUAUGGGAUUUGAACAAAAGGACAUCGGUACAGUCUUUCAAGCGCGAUAUGGACAGAUUCUGGGUGAUCGCGGCCCACCCCGAGAUCAACCUCUUCGCGGCUGGCCACGACACCGGUGUCAUGGUCUUCAAGCUGGAGAGGGAAAGGCCCGCGUCGACCGUGUAUCAGAACCAGCUCUUCUAUAUCACCAAAGAGAAGAACGUCAAGUCGUACGACUUCCAGAAGAACAUUGAGUCCCCGCCCAUGCUGUCGCUGCGAAAGCUUGGCUCCGCUUGGGUUCCCCCGCGGACGGUUUCCUACAACCCCGCUGAACGAGCCAUUCUCGUCACCUCGCCAACUGAUAAUGGAACUUACGAAUUGAUUCACCUCCCGAGAGACGCCACUGGGGCCGUCGAGCCGACCGACGUGAAGCGUGGUCCUGGAUCGUCUGCCGUCUUUGUCGCACGCAAUCGAUUCGCCGUCUUCAGUGCUGCCGCCCAGCAAGUUGAUAUCAAGGAUCUCAGCAACGCCACUACCAAGAGCAUUAAGCCACCGGCCGGGACGACCGAUAUCUACUUUGGUGGCACCGGAUGCCUGCUCUUCAUCACCCCUACCUCUGUUGUCCUCUUCGACAUCCAGGCCAAGAAGCAGUUGGCGGAGCUGGCCGUGAGCGGUGUUAAAUACGUCGUUUGGUCUAACGAUGGUCUCUACGCAGCACUCCUCAGCAAGCACAAUGUCACUAUUGUCACCAAGACCUUGGAACAGGUGAGCAGCUUGCAUGAGACCAUUCGUAUCAAGAGUGCCGCUUGGGACGACGCUGGCGUGCUCCUGUACUCCACACUGAACCACGUCAAGUAUUCUCUUCUGAACGGCGAUAACGGUAUCAUCCGUACCCUUGACCAGACCGUCUACCUUGUCAAGGUCAAGGGACGCAACGUCUACUGCCUUGACCGAAACGCUAAGCCCAAAGUUCUGGAGAUCGACCCCACCGAGUACCGUUUCAAGCUUGCCCUGGUCAAGAGGAACUACGACGAAAUGCUCCAGAUCAUCAAGACCUCCAGCUUGGUUGGUCAGAGCAUUAUCUCCUAUCUCCAGAAGAAGGGCUAUCCGGAGAUUGCCUUGCAAUUCGUUCAGGAUCCCCAGACCCGCUUCGAGCUUGCGCUUGAAUGUGGUAACCUCGAAGUCGCUGUGGAGAUGGCCAAGGAAUUGGAUCGCCCCAACCUGUGGAGCAGACUCGGUGUUGAGGCUCUGGCCCAUGGCAACCACCAAACGGUGGAGAUGACCUACCAGAAGCAGCGUCAUUUCGACAAACUUUCCUUCCUCUACCUGUCGACAGGUGACUCCGACAAGCUGGGCAGAAUGGCCAAGAUUGCUGAGCACCGUGGCGAUUUCACAUCACGCUUCCAGAAUGCCCUCUAUCGCGGUGACGUUGAAGACAGAAUCCAGAUGUUCAAGGAAGUGGAUCUGUACCCUCUCGCCUACCUCACUGCCAAGGCGAACGGCUUGACUGAGGAGGCUGAAUCCAUUCUCGAGGCCUGCGGUCUCGCUGAAGGUCAGAUCUCCCUUCCGACCCUCGAAGAACCUAUCCGUGUUGCACAGCCCGUCGUGUCCACCUUCAAAUCAAAUUGGCCCGUCAAGGCUGCGGCUCACUCUUCCUUUGAAAAGGCGCUUCUAGGUGAAGUUGGUCUGGACGAGGAGGUCGAAGCCGACGGGUUGCAGCCCGAGGAGGAAGAGGAAGAGGCUGGCCUCGCUCGCGAGACCCUUGAGGAUGAGGAUGAUGAUGUCGACGGUUGGGAUAUGGGUGAGGAGAUCAACGUCGAAGAAGACGCUGACUUUGUCAAUGUGGAGAGUGCGGAGACUGGAGCAGGCAGCACCGAGGCUGACCUUUGGACUCGUAACUCCCCAUUGGCUGCCGACCAUGUCGCUGCCGGCUCUUUCGAGUCUGCUAUGCAGCUUCUCAACCGCCAAGUGGGUGCCGUGCACUUUGCUCCUCUGAAGGGUCGAUUCCUCGAAGUCUACAAGACAUCCAAGACAUAUCUGCCUGCCACCACCGGUCUGCCCCACUUGGUCAACUAUGUGCGACGGACUGUUGAAGAAACAGAUAUCCGGAAACUCCUUCCUGUCAUCCCAAGGGACUUGGAGACCAUUGCCAACGCGGACUUACAGGAAGGAUAUGCGGCUAUGAGGGCCAACAAGUUAGAGGAUGGUGUCCAAAUCUUCCGGAGAAUUCUGCACGCUGUCUUGGUCAACGCUGUCUCUUCCGAAGCUGAAGUUGAGCAAGCGAAGAAGAUCAUUGCAACCGCCCGAGAGUACAUUCUUGCGAUGUCUAUCGAGUUGGAACGUCGAUCCCUCGACACCGAAUCUCCUGAGAAUCUCAAGCGAAGCCUUGAGCUUUCCGCAUACUUUACCAUUCCCAAGCUGGAGGUUGCCCACCGACAGCUUGCACUUAUGGCAGCAAUGAAGUUUGCCUUCGCCAACAAGAACUACUCGUCCGCUCUCAGCUUUGCCAACCGUAUGCUGGCCAACGGAGGCUCCCCUAAGCUUUUGGACCAGGCCCGGAAGAUCAAGCCCCAGUGCGAACGCAACCCCCAGGACAAGAUCGACAUCGAAUUCGACCAGUUCGCCGAAUUCGACAUCUGCGCAGCCUCGCACACACCUAUCUACGGUGGCUCCCCGAGCGUGUCGGACCCCUUUACUGGCGCCAAGUAUCAUGAGCAGUACAAGGGCACCGUGUGCAGGAUAUCCAAUGUGACUGAGAUCGGGGCACCGGCCAGCGGACUGCGGUUGUUCGUCCCCGGCCAGUACUGA